UCUAAUUUCAUCCGAAAACAAAUGAUUUCAUCUGACCUUAACGAUUUCUGCGCAUACACAUCUAUAAACUAUGAUGCCUACGUAUUAAAAGAUUCUUUGUAAUCUGGUGAUGUGUGAAAAUGUGGUGCUGGACUCCCUGUCGGAUCGGAUACAGUGUGCUGAUCAUAAUAAUGCCGAUAUUUUCCAGACCUACAGCAGAUGAGAAGCGAGAAGUUGCAAGUAGAAUCGAUUGAAAUGAUAGGGCUCGUGACGUAAUGUGAGUGCGUGAUUUGAUGGAGAAUGCAAGAAGGGGAGAUCUCUAGUUACAUCAAGUGCACUUUUGUUAUGUGAACGUUUCUGGAACUGAAAGUGAAAAUCGAAUAAUUUUCUGCUCUAAUUUUUCGCAAUCGCAGUACGAAAAUGUAUCAGCUCUUGAGUUGUCUCAAAGAAUAUUUUAAAGUCCAGGAAGUCACCACCGACUGUUCCAUGUUUCGUUUUCAUUGCAUUUUAACAACGGUGUUAUUGUUGACGUGCAGUCUUGUGAUAACGGGGGAUCAGUUGGUCGGUAAACCGAUAGAAUGUAUCACAGGGGAUGGCGUACCUAACAAAGUGGUCAACACUUAUUGUUGGAUUUCUUCAACUUUUACCAUGCCAGAUGCAUUUAAAAGACAGGUUGGAAAAGAAGUAGCACAUCCGGGUAUCGCAAAUGAUUUUGACGAUGAAGAUGCUCAAAAGUACUACACCUACUACCAAUGGGUCUGCUUUGUCUUGUUCUUUCAGGGACUAGCUUGUUACACUCCUAAAUUCCUAUGGGAUAUUUGGGAAGGUGGACUUAUGAAAACCUUAGUUAUGGGAUUGCAUAUAGGCAUCUGCCAUGAAAAAGAAAAGAAGACGAAGAAAAAAAUUUUAAUCGAAUAUUUAAUGCAGCAUUUAAAGGUAAUUUUUAAUUUCCAUUUCUAUCAGUAAACCCAUUUCUUUAUAUACACUAGUAGUGAAUUGAGAACUGAACACAGGGAUAUUUUAUUAAAUGCAAUCAUCAAAUUGCGGUAUCAUCAUUUGAAGAAUACGACCUGGUAUAGGAAAAUCUUGUUAUAAUUAAUUAUGUAAUAUACACAAAUCCACUAACUACAAUUUAAAGCGUUUAGGGAGUGUUAUGCUUUAUUUAAAAAAGAUUUUAAAAGUUCGGUUAGUUUAGGACAGUUUCCAGAGAGGCAGGUAAGAUUUUCAAAUAAACGUGGUUGAAAAAACUUUGUAAAAUCUGUAACUUUAAUCCUUUUCAACACAUUUUUCCACCACGGUGUCGAACAUAAAAUUCUUAGAAUAACUGCACAAAAAGAAUCGUGGAUAUUUCAUUUGUAAAUGGCAAGACAUUGACCUAAGUAAUGGUUGAGAUUUAGUAAUUACUUUAAUGAAUAGGUCAAAGGAACACUGGAUUUGUUUGACGUAGGAUACAUGUAGAUGGUGUUUCAUUGUGUCUUAAAAUGUCAUUUUCACUUAACUGUUCGCGCUUGUUCAAUUAUGUAUUUUAAUGCAACGUCGACAUUAUUUAAUUAUGUUAUGUCCACUAGGACAAAGGCAGACAGGAAACACUUUUAUCAGGGUAAUAAAGCAAAAUUUCCUUACA